AUGGACAUGAAUGGCGCCGCAUGGUGGCAGAUGCUGCUGCAGAUACGUGAGAAACAAGAGCGCAUGGAGUACAUCCUGGCAUCUAUGCAGGAGAGCCAACAGCAAACGGCUGCCAUGCUGACCCACAUGUGCCGAUGGUCGCCUGCGCAGCAGCAGCGAACGGUCGAGAUGCCAAAGCUGUGGAGUUCUUCCUUCAAGCAUUUUGCUAAGGCAGUGGCCCUGCUCUGUUUCGACGAAGAUUGCACGGUGGUCUGGCAGAGGAGCUGGAGGGUUGCGCGCGAAAGAGCUCUUACCGACACCCAGUUGCCUGAAUUGGGCACCGACCGUGAUAAGCAGUUCGAGCAUGUUGCGGCCAUGGCAUCGAGAGCAUUCCGGCGCACCCUGGUCAAGGGUAGGUGGGACCAGCUGGGGAACGAUCGCGUUGUGCCUGCCUUAGAUCUUCUGGCCUCUGCCUUGGCCAAUGCACUCGCGGAGGUGGAGCAGAGCUACCCGCAGUCUGCAGAUGACCUUCUGCAGCAGGCACAGCGAGAACUUGGAGCAGCAAGCGAGGUGACCUGCAAGCGGCAGCUCCUGGAGAAGAUCCAGAGCUUGCUUGAAACCCAAGGACUUCUGCAAGGCUGUGGGAACUGUGGCCUUCCAACGCGCCGGGUCAGGCAGCUACUCGACUUUCUGCCUCUGGCGCCGUUGAAAGUUUGCCAGUUCCAAGAUGGCGACGGUCUGACGAGUUCGGACUACCCGGCGGAUCUGAUGGCCUUCCUACAGGAUUCCGCCCUGCCUUGGAAAGCUAGGGCCGAAGUCCACCUCGCCGACCUUCUCUGUAGAGUCUUCGUGAACUCUUCUGAUGGUCCCGUGGAAAGGGACGCCAUGAAAGUGGAGUGUGCGAUUUUCGCGCCACUGGGUGACAAACCACCGGAGUACCUGAUUCGCCGGCUGAAACUGGGCUUGCUCUCGCCGCUCUUUGCUCCGAACCAACUCUUCGCAGUGUCUCUGAGCCAAGUCUUCGCAGUGUCUGAUAAGACGGAUGUACGGCGCACGCGCUUUUCCAGGGACCGGGCGGUGGCAGAUUUCGUGUGCGAAAACACCCCCAUGGAGCUUCGUCUGGCAGUCUUCAACCUGUAUGGCGCCAUCAAGAAAGAGCCUGAGCUCGUAGACUUCUCCGGGAUCCAAAGUGUCAAUGAGAUCACAAAUCUUGAUAGCGAGACCCGCCGGAGAAUCUGGGAUUCUAUGAAUGUAAAGAUCACGUCUCCAGAAAGACACCUCGUCCAGUUGUUUUCCGAGGCAAUACAAACAUUCACGAAGUUGCCGCAGUCCAGUGCAAAGCCCAAGGUCGAGGAAGAGGAAAACAUAAAAACGAAGGACGCCAGCGAGUAUGAGGCCGAAGGAGAAGCAAAUGCCACCAGCUCCGAUGAGGACACAGCAGGAAGCUUGUGCUCAGCCAGUGGCGACCUGGUCGACACGAAAGCACACCACGAACCAGCAGGAUGCCGACAUUCAGGACGUGGAUUUGGAUGUGAACAUCAUAUGCAAAUGGCCUGGGCACCCUGA